AUGAAUAAGUAGUUAAAAGAUAAAGAAAACAAACUUUUUAUUGAUAAUGCCAGAUUUAAAAGAAUAGGAACAACUGAUAGAACUUCAUCACCUAUUAAUCUAAUAUUGACUAAAAUGAGAUAAUAAUAAUCUCCACAUUUAUCUGCUAGAACUCCUAAAGAUUGUUAAAGUAGAAUAUCAAAUGAAUGUGAAUAAUAGUUAUAAUCUAAUAGUAUAUUAGAAAUGGAAGAAAGAAAACGAAAAAUUAGAAAAUUUAAGUAAUGUUUAACUGAAAAUAUUGAAAAAUUAAAAGAAUUAGAUUCUAUAAGUUAACAAAUUUUAUCUUUUGAGGGUUGUCUUCAUUCAAUUCUAAAGAAAAUUAAAUUAUUAAAGUAUAAGAUUUAUUCUAUUAUUAUUAAAGUGAAAUAUCAGAAUAAUUUAAGUUGCAAUAAAUAAAUCAAAAAAAUAAUAUUCUUUAAUUAAAUGGAUCAAUAAAAUAAAUGA